GAAGAUGGAGAGCAUAACAGGAAACUGAAGGUUAAGCAGAGGAGGUCCUCCUCGAAGUCAAUAACAAGUCGGAAGGAAUUCAACGACUUGUGCUCUUCCUCAAACGUAGGACGCAGUGGCAGCAAUGAGAGUGUUGUGUUGACUCCAGAGCCUGAUGAAGACGAAGCUGGCAGACUGCAGCCUCUCUCUUCCUGGAAGAGUGUGCAGGUGAAUCUGAAUGAGGAAUUCAAGAUGUCACAAAAGGCUAAACUUGAGCAUCAGCACCAAGAACGAUCAUUAUCGUCAUGGAAAAGUUAUUCUGCCUUGCAGUCGUACCAGAACAAUGAUGAUAAUGAUGUGCCGAAGCGUAGGCAACCCAGACAUCUAUCUCCCUCACCUGAAGUAAGAAAAUCAGUGAGUUUUGAAAUCCCACAAUUCGGUGAAGUAAUGAGAUAUCCUCCAGAAGAACAAACUAAAGCUCAGAAAGAAUAUCAUAAAUCAAAAGACAAUGGCAAUGAGAAGAAAAAAACUGUGAUGAAAGGACUGAGCCAAAAACCUCAGAGGUCAGAAGAUAAAGAACAAAAAUUACCAACGGUAAAGAAAACACGAAGCUCGCCUCUUCCAUUUCUUCGAAAGAAAAAAUCUGACCCUGGAACAUUUCACAAGAGAGAGUUAACAGAGACAUCAUCUUUAUCUUCUGUUCCAUUUUUGAGAAAGAAAAAAUUCGAUUUUGACGCCAAAUCAUCUAUUAAAUCUGGAGGAAGUCACCUCUCUGAGCACUUGGGAAAACUCAGCAAUCUUAAAGCUAACUUGCACAUGCUUCGCAGUCAUAAAGUUGGUGAACCCAGGUUAACAGGUUUCACGAAAGACUGCAGUGAGUUCCCUCAGCUAAAGACCUGUUCAGGAGAUGGCGAUUCUCAUUCCAUCACCAGUGUUACAAGUAUCGAGUCAUCGGCUUCGGCAACCAAUAAAAUCCGACACACGAAAUUUGGCAAAAGAUGGGUUUAUGAAAUCCCUGAUACAUCUUACGACUUUAGAGUUCGCUCUCCCACCAAGAUCAAAUCCAAAGGCCCAUUGAGAGCUUUUAGAAAUAUAAUGGGUAUGCAGUCGAAAAGUGUAAUAGAUCUAAGUGCCUUAGAGAAAGCAAGUUCGAGCGGUCUCUCGAGAAGUUAUGAUGAUAUCUUGAAAGAGAAUAAUUACCCAACUCAGGAAGAAUUCCUGGUGGACCCCAGGAUACUGACUCUAAGCCACGAAGGCAUCGAACCAGGCGACUUCGAUGAUGACGCAGACUAUUAUCGAAGCUUGUGUAGACUACACAGAAACUCGCUCUUAGGGAACACCACGAGCGUUACAGGAAAAAUAUCUACUUCCAAGAGCUCUUCGGAGGAACAAGCUAAAGAAGAAAAUAAAGACAAGAGAAUAAGCAUGUCUUCAGACGAGCAAGACAAGCAGGAAGAGGAAAGAAAAGACAAAAAAAAUAGAAAUUCAGAUAACAGCGAUGAAGAUGAAAGAAAAGACAUCAACUUUUCUCAGUCGCAUGGUAAAGUAUCCAGAACAAGUUCUGUUCACGACAUAAUUUUGAAAUAUGAGGGAAUGGAACAAUUCAAGAGUCACAACACACCAGCCUCAGACGACAAAUCUCCACGUUCCAGUAAAUCACAAUACGUCGAAAAGUCUCUCAAUAAUGAGGAAAUCUCUGGCGCAGCAUCCACUCCCUGCCUGAAGCAAAACGAGGCACAGUUCUCUGCUGAUGCCACUUCACAUUAUGAGAAAGAUACAGGUGAUCUGAACGAGGACGACAGUACAGACUGGGAGACUUCAGUGCCGUCUAAAGACUGCAAGUCCAGUAAGAAGAAACAUCUGGCUGGUCCCAGGUUCUCUCCUAAUAACUCGCCAGUAAAAGCUAACAACGAAGACGAAAGACACAACACUGAUAGAUUUGCGAAGGAAGAAUAUUUUGAGAAGGGAACCUUAGGGGAAUGCAUUGCAAAAUGCGACGCAAGGAAAGAAAAUAGGGUAGAAGAGGAACUACAAAGGCAGGAUGAACACAGUAUCAUUGAGUGCGGAUUACAAACACACGUUAAUUGGAAAGAAAACGAGAAGCAACUUGUCUCGACACAUUACAAAAGUGAUUUAAAAAAACAAGAAACUACUGUUUUAGGAGCAAAACGAUGUUCGAACGUAGAGAAGACACUAGCAUUCAAAGACGAAGAUAUCUUAGGCAAAAGAAUGCACAAUGAUGAACGAAAAAUGCAAGAAUAUGAAGGAGAAUCAAGCAUAGAGAAAAGAGGAAAUGUAAAAAAAAUACAGAAGGGUGAAGGAAAAACAAUUGUAAAAACAAGUAUUACGGUAUGUGAGAGACUAUAUGAUAAUUCCAUCAGUGAUUCGCUGAAUGAUCCUGAAACCAACCUCUCACCAACUGUCCCUCAAGUGAUCGUCACAACAGAUACUGACAGCAAAGCGAAGGAGACUGGAGGUGUUGCUGAUGUCUUCGUAUACGACACUCAAACAGUGUCAAGGAAAAUUUCUGAUUCAAGAACAUCAGAGAGCACAGACUCAAGAAAACAAAGCACAUCACGGAAUAGUAUGCACGAAGAAUCUCCUGAACAUUCAACUAUACAGCAGUCACUCAGUGCAAGCUCAACUGAUGACAGUGGAUUUUUUUCUUCUCUUCACCGUCUCGUGAUGAAGAACAACAGUGUGAGUUCCAACGAGGAGCAGCCCAGCUUGAAACAGAGGAUCGUAAAGAAGCUGUCAAGCGUCAGUUCCUUUGAGGAUCGUGAAAUCACCGACGAGACUCUUGGAAAAGUCCCUCGUAAACCUUCUGGCAAAAAGAAAACUCCACCCAAGAGGCCACCUCCACCCAAACUUGUCUUCGACAAGUUCAACAGCUACAACCAAUACUUAACCGUUGACACGGCACCAGUGCCCCAGACGCCGCCGCCGCCGCCACCUAAGCCCCCAAGGUUAUUCCAGAUUCUCUCUGGGUACAGGAGACCAGCUGACUCGAGCUCUCAGACGGAGGCUCAGAAUUAUCGACGGUUCUCCCUUGUUGAUAGCGACUUGGAUAUGAUUCGCUCAGGACGCCCGACUGAGGAAAGCAUCGAUGAGCUGGACCAUCAAGAUUCCGCUACAGAUGCUGAGACUGACGGUGACGACACUUACAAAAAAUUUUCACUUGUCGAAAACAGCGACGAUGAAUCCCUCUUAGACUAUCCACUCUCUCCGGAACCAGAGGAUAUAUUUUCUUUCAGCGCUUCUAAAGUAAUCCCAGAUUCUCCCCUUGCUUUGACUGCGCAGAAUUCUUUCGAUUCCAAAGAGGAUGAUUCAAGUGGUAAUGAAGACUCGGCAGCAUCUCCACACCCACUUGUUAAUGAUGACACUUGCCUGGAAGCAGAGAGAACCCAAGAAUCUCCACUGCAUCUGCACAACGGACCUCCUGAUUCUGACGACAAAACCCGAGAUGGUAUGAACUCUGAAGCUGAAAAUAACACCGAACUUGACACGCCUUUCCCAUUUUACGAUAACAAUUUGGUGGAGAAAAUAGUAUCGCCUGUGAGUGAAUAUGAUAAUUUUGGCAGCGGGCAGUGGCUGUGGUCUUUAGGAAGAGACGAGCAAUACGCUGAAACAAAUAAUGAAUGCAAAAAUACUAAUAUAAAGAAACCUCUUGCCUUAACUAGUGGAAAGAAAGAGGCAAGAGAGAGAAACCCACAAGAUUCUCCAAAAACGUUAUCUGAUAUCGAAAUGAGACAAAACUCAGUACCAACAAACAAUAGCUCAAACAUUGAACCUAAAUUACAUGAUGUACAGCUGCAACAAAACGCGGCAGUUACAGUGGAAGCAAUUCGGACCACUGAUUCUGGGGCUAUAAAAGGAGAGUCGAGAGCAACUGAUGCAACAGUGGAAACAAACUGGGACACUAGUUCUAGUGAUAUAGAAGUUAGAACAACUGACGCAGCGCACGGAAAAAUGCAAUCUGACGAUGAGAGCUCAGAACCUACGAUGCUUGUAGAAAACAAGGACCUCAAUGAAAACUUAAUCCCCGUCUUGUUGAGCCAAACUCAGAGUAGAGAUGAUACACCUGCGAGCAAACAAGCUAAACAUAUGGAAAGCAAACUAAAAGGGUUAAAAAUUAAGAAAAUCGUUGCUGACACUGGUAAAUUAACAGAUGAAAAUUCAACUUCCACUAAGAAGGAAGAAGAGAUAUUAGUAGAGACGAAAACUGAUUCCAUCUAUUCUGACUUUAAGGUUCAUGGUUUACAAUAUAAAGACUCAGGUAACACAGCCAUGUUCAGUUUGCAAAAAGAAAAGAACUUCACAGAAGAAAAUAAAAGUGGCAUCGUUUAUGAUGGUAAACGUAUAUUCAAAACAAGAAAAGAAGCUACAUUAAAUGUUAAAAACAAAGUGUUACCUGAAGAAGCCGUUUCCCGAUUGCUGAAGAAAUCUCGGGGCGUCGAAGCAGUGACUACAGACAUAAAAACUAACAUCACUGAACUUCAACAGGAAAACCAAGUAAGUUCAUGUAGAGAGACAAACUUUUGUCUUAGGGAAUCACCAAGCCAGGACGCAGUGAACAGAAGUUCUAGUAGUACGCCGUCUCCAACACCAGUUCCAGCUCCUAGAAUAUCUAAAGACUUACGACCUGUACCGACGCCAAGAACUUCAAAGCCAUCGUCAACCUCUUCUUCCAGGCCAACUUCUGCCAUGUCGACAACUUCGGAUCGCCCUCUCUUGGCAAUGUUCUUUGAGAAGUUAUUGGACAGCCACAAUCAUGGGGAGACUAGGAGAAUCUCCAUGUCUGUAGAAAAGUUGUCUCCUCGUGAGUCCUUAUUGUCCCAGGAUGAAAACACUCUCUCAAAAUCAGAAGGUUAUAUAACGAAGAAAGAACAAAGUGAAACAAAAUACUGUGCAUAUGAGGAUGUAAACGUUAGCGACGUGAGAGAGUGGAAGCUGAAAACGUCUCUCGAUUCUUCCACGUUUAGCGAUAGUGUUUCCAUAUGUGAUUCCUACAAGAGUGAAGCGAACAUGAAUCUACAACCCGAGUACUCCCCGGUAGCGUCCCGUCGCUGUCUUUCGGAGAAUGAGCUCGUGAGGAUUCCUGGCAGUGCAGAACCAUCACCUUCGUUGAAAAAUAGUACCCAGGCACGCCCACACCCACGCCCACGCCCAUCCCUAACCCGGAGCAAAGCUAUAAUUUUGUCCAGCGAUGAAGAGGAUACUCAUGAGAGUGGAACACUAAUAAUGGAACAAGAACCUCGACGCUCAGGUUGCAGACGACUCUGGGUUCGUCGAGGGUCAGAUUCCCUGUUAUCAGGCUCACAGGAGGCACCUCUACCUGAAGAAGACCCAAUAGGACUCCUGAAGGAGGCUGGAUACUCUGGGGAUACAGAGGACGACGAAGAGGUAAGUGGAUGCAUAAGACUUGUUAAAGAAAACUUUCCGUAUGUAUACAGUGAAAGCUAUACAUCUGUUAAUGUGUAUACAUUAAGAAAUUCACUUUGGUCUGACGUGAAGGCUUCAUCAGCUGUUAGUUUGUGCUAA